GCCAAACACUUAAUACCCAACAAAAUGAGAGACUUUUUCUGUACCAUAAACUUGGACCAAGAAGAAGUUUUUCGUACACAAGUAGUUGAAAAAUCUUUAAGUCCUUAUUUUGGAGAGGAGUUUUACUUUGAGAUUCCAAGAACAUUCCAGUGGUUGUCCUUCUACAUUUAUGAUAAAAGUGUUUUACAAAAGGACCUCCGUAUAGGAAAGGUGUCAAUCAAAAAAGAAGAUUUAUGCAACUACACAGGAAAAGAGAAUUGGUUUAUGCUUCAGCCUGUUGAUUCUAAUUCAGAGGUUCAGGGAAAAGUUCACCUUGAACUAAAACUGAACGAACUGAUAACAGACAAUGGAUCUGUGUGCCAGCAACUAGUAGUACACAUAAAGGAGUGCCAUGGGUUGCCGCUUAUAAAUGGACAGAAUUGUGAUCCUUAUGCAACAGUCUCUCUUGUGGGGCCCUCCAGGAAUGACCAAAAGAAGACCAAAGUUAAGAAGAAAACAAGCAAUCCGCAGUUUAAUGAAACAUUUUAUUUUGAGGUAACCAGGUCCAGCAGUUACACCAAAAAGUCCCAGUUUCAGGUGGAAGAAGAAGAUAUUGAGAAACUAGAAGUCAGGGUUGACCUGUGGAAUAAUGGGAAUCUGGUACAAGACAUCUUUCUAGGAGAAAUUAAAGUUCCUGUGAAGGUGUUAAGAAAUGAUUCCUUUCAAGCAUGGUACUUACUUCAGCCAAGAGAAAAUGGAAACAAGUCUUCUAAAACUGAUGAUUUGGGAUCACUUAGAUUAAAUAUCUGUUACACUGAAGACUGUGUACUUCCAUCUGAGUACUACACUUCUCUUAGGAACUUGCUGCUAAAAUCUUCAGAUGUUCAGCCUAUUUCUGCAUCUGCUGCCUACAUUCUGAGUGAAGUGUGUCGAGACAAGUAUGAUGCUGUGUUGCCUCUGGUACGGUUGUUGCUGCACCAUCAGAAGCUGGUUCCCUUUGUUGCAGCAGUGGCAGAACUAGAUCUGAAGGACACCCAAGAAGCAAACACAAUCUUCAGAGGCAACUCAUUAGCAACUCGGUGUGUAGAUGAAAUGAUGAAAAUAGUGGGGAAGCACUACCUAAAGGUCACUUUGAAACCUGUUAUUGAUGAGAUAUGUGAGUCUCCUAAACCCUGUGAAAUAGAUCCCAUCAAAUUAAAAGAAGGGGAUAACGUGGAAAUUAAUAUGGAAAAUCUUCGCUAUUAUGUGGACAAAGUGUUCCGUGAAAUAGUGCGCUCGAGUAUAAGUUGUCCUACCCUCAUGUGUGAUGUUUUUUAUUCUCUGAGGCAUCUGGCUGCCAAAAGAUUUCCAAAUGACCCUCAUGUACAGUAUUCUGCAGUGAGCAGCUUUGUGUUUCUUCGUUUCUUUGCUGUAGCCGUAGUCUCACCUCAUACUUUUCAUUUACGACCUCACCAUCCAGAUGCACAGACUUCUAGAACAUUAACUCUUAUAUCAAAAGCCAUCCAGACUUUGGGGAGCUGGGGAAGUUUGAACAAAACCAAACUUUCAAGUUUCAAGGAGACAUUUAUGUGUGAGUUUUUCAAAACAUUUCAAGAAGACACAUUUACUGAAUCUGUUAAAAAGUUCCUGGAUGAUGUUUCCUCUACUGAGAGUAAAGAGCCCAGUGGUGUAAGCGAGCCAGUACAUCUAAAAGAAGGAGAAAUGUACAAAAGAGCUCAGGGAAGGACUAGGAUUGGUAAAAAGAAUUUCAAGAAGCGAUGGUUCUGUCUAACAAGUAGAGAAUUCACAUAUCACAAACAGCAAGAUAAAGAACCAAUUUUCACUAUUCCAAUCAAAAACAUCCUUGCAGUGGAGAAACUUGAUGAGAGCUCCUUCAACAAGAAAAAUAUGUUUCAAGUACUUCAUGGGGAAAAGCCACUGUAUAUCCAAGCAAAUAACUGUGUAGAAGCCAGUGAGUGGAUAGAGGCUCUUUGUCGGGUAACAAGGUGCAACCAGAAGAGGCUGAGCUUUUACCACCCCUCUGCUUUCCUGAACGGGAACUGGCUGUGCUGCAAGGCCACGGCAGAGAGCACCGAGGGCUGUGCGCGCUGCACCGCAGAUGUUCCUGCUGAUACUCAAAUUGAGAUUGAUGGAGACAGAGAGACAGAAAGAAUUUACUCACUUUUCACUAUCAACAGGUCUAAACUACAGAAGUUGGAAGAGGCUUGUGGAAGUAUAGCAGUCUAUCAAGGUCCUCGGAAAGAGCCAGAUGAUUAUUCUAACUUCACCAUUGAAGAUUCUGUAGCCACUUUUCAUACACUCCAGCAGAUAAUAGAUAUAGUGGAAAAGCUGAAUGAAUCACAUGAAAAAUACCAGAAGAAGAGAUCAUCUAGUGCCAAAUAUGGUAGUGAAGAAAACCCCAUUGUUGGAAAAGUUUCCUAACCAAAACAAACUGGCCCACUUGGAUGAAAAAAGAAACUGGAAAUGUUCUAGAGUGUUUUGGUUUUUUGUUUGUUUUCUUUUUUUAAUUCAUUGUAUGCAUUUUUGCAAAGUAUUUAAGAAUGAACAUAAAUGCUAGUUGUGUUGACAAUCUAUUUAAUAUUUAAUAGAAAAAUACCUUCUUGAAAAUCUAGUCUUUAAGGUUUAUUCUCAUUUUGCUGGGGAACUUGACAUUCCAGGUUCUUGAAGUAAAAAAUGUGAAUAAAUCUGAAUGUUGUUUUGCCAUUGUUGUCUUAUUGGAAAGAACUUUCUAGACAAAUAAGCUUUUUUAUGGAAGAAAAUCCAUACUGCAUUUGUUGGUUGGAUUAAAUCUCAGUACAUACACUGCAAACUUACAUGAGUUUACCAUGAGUGCCUGCCCUGCUGAUACGGAUCUCAAAACAGAAAUCCCAAUAUCUUACGACGUGGAAAAGAUCUGAAGCUUCACACUCAAUACAUUUGACUUUUUUUUUCCUUGUAUUAGGUGUUGCCAAGACUUG